CAAUGGUGAGGAGAAUGUUGAGGAGCCGAAAGAGCAGGAUGGUGGCGUCAAGGAUGGGGGGCCGAAUAAUAGGGAUGAUGACGAUGAUGAGGGACCGGCUAAUGGUCCUGUGCAAGGAACGGUUGCAGCAUCGCCCUUGGAGAACAUCGCUCAAGAGAACCCCCCCUGAAGAUAAGAACAGUGAAGAGAACACCAGUCAAGAUAACCCCACUGAAGGGAACACCACUGAUGAGAAUCUCCAAACUGAUGACCAAGAAGGACCACGGGAGAAAUUGAUCCUAAGGAUUCCGAGAACAAACCCAAAAACACGCUAUCGGCAGACGCGAGUACGAAUGACAAAACUUGAGAGUGACGUAGUAGCUUAUGUGGAGUCAUACAAUCCUAAAGGGAAAGAGCAGGGGGCCAUGCUUAUCGAGUGUGAUGGUAAUGAUGCAAAUCGGAUGAUGUGCUACUCGGUUGUGCGUCCUAGGGAGUACGUGCAUUCCCAGUACGUUCGGGCCGUUGCAAACAUAUACAACAGGGAAUGGGCUCUGGAAUACCCAACGAAUUCUCGCAGAAUCAUGCUGGACUCCUCAUUUGCGUAUCAGAAAUUAAAGACGAGGGAAACAUAUGCUGGUCUGCUGAAGAAGUGGUCCACCCCUCUCCAGAAGAUUGUGUCAGCUGAUAUAUCUGUGGUCUAUGUUCCAGUUGUGGACAACGGACAUUGGUGGUGUGUUGCUUUUGCACUGAAAGACCAGAAGAUAUGGUUCAUUGACAUCAUGUAUACUAAUCCUGCUUCCGAGCAUUCUGGGGAUGUUAAAAAAUUGAUAGCAGCUGUGGAGUACGUUCUACAUUGGAGGGACACGCAGUAUAAUGCAGCUCUUGUUUGGAAGUUGAAGCAAAUGCAUACUUGGCCCUUGGACUCCAUUAGCUUCCCUGACUACAACGACAAUCAUGCGUGUGGAAUAGUAAUGCUUAUGGCUAUCCAGGAAAGUGCAAGGGCAUUUACAAAGACGAUGCAUGUGGGGGACAUCAAUGUAGCUCGGAGGGCACUGUUUUUGUCUCACUUGAAUUCAGAUUUCAACUCCUGCCGCCCGCUUCUUCCCCAAAUCGUUGCAACCCACUGCCCAGUUCGUUGAUGUUUGGUCGUGCUUCUUCUGCUAACGUUUAGGGUUUUUAACAGAGAAAACAAUUGCACACUUAUCUGGUCAAAUUUUGAAAUGUGAUUAACGCGUGAACUUAAUCAUAGUUGUUGUCUUUUGAUACUCACAUUAUUUC